AUGGCAACGAGCGAGGGGUCAACAUGGGACAGCUGGUGCACAUCCCAGUUAAGGAUCAUCCUUCUUGGUGGCAGAAACUCCAGUAAGAGCUUCGUUGGGAACCUAAUCCUGGGCCAUGAGGAGUUUGUCACCAGAGAGAGGACCUCUUGCUCCCGCAGGCUGGGUGUGGUGUCAGGACGGUGGCUCACGGUGGUGGACACUCCUGGCUGGUGGUGUGACUUCAGUGCUCGGGACACACCUGAGCUGGUGAAGAGGGAGAUCAUCAACAGCGUGUCUCUGUGCUCACCAGGCCCACAUGUGUUCCUUAUUGUUAUCAAGGCCAGUUCAGACUUCUCUGAGCAGCGCCGCAGGGCUGUGGAGGAGCACGUGGGUCUGCUUGGCGACAGCGUGUGGACUCACUGCAUGGUGGUGUUCACCUCUGCAGACAAGACUCAACUCACAGAAGCAUCAGAGCUCGUGCAGACGAGGGGCGAAGCUCUGCGCUGGCUCAGUGAAAAGUGUGGGCGCAGGUGCCACAGCGUCGACCUGAGUGAUGAUGCUGGAGUCGCCAAGCUGCUGGAGAAGAUUCAGGAAGUUGUCACAGAAAAUGGAAGCAGAGCGUUUGAAAUGCAGGAGAAGGUUUUACGAGCAGCUGAGGAGGAGAAGAGGAGAGCGGAGGAGAGGGCUCAGCAGAGGUUUAUGAGAGCGAAGACACACAGAGCGCUCAUGAGAGAGAGACUGCGGCCCAGUCCGGACAUCCGUAUUGUGUUAUUGGGAGCAAAGGGAUCUGGGAAGACCUCUUCAAUGAUCACCAUCCUGAGCAGAGAGGGUGCACAGUCAGAGAGGAGAACAGGCCAGUGCCGGAUGGGAGCAGGUGUAGUGUUUGGGAGACAGCUGACGGUUGUAGACACGCCCGGCUGGUGGAUGAACUACUUCUGUGACGAGACCCCCGUCUUCGACCUGAGAGAGAUGGUGCUCAGUUUGUGCCUCUGCCCCCCCGGGCCUCACCUCUUCCUGCUGGUGAUCCGUGUGGACAGGGCCUUCACAGAAACCUACAGGAGAGCGGUGCAGGAGCACCUCCAGCUCAUCGACCAGCACAUCUGGAGUCGUGUCAUGGUGCUGUUUAGUUUCGGGGACUGGCUUGGGGGCACGACUACAGAGCAGUGCAUCGAGAGCGAGGGGGAGCCUCUGCGGUGGCUGCUGGAAAGAUGCGGCAACAGGUAUCAUGUUCUGAACAAUAAAACCAAAGGGGAUGGGUUUCAAGUCAGAGAGCUGAUCUGGAAGAUGGAGGAAAUGCUGGCUGGCUGCAACGACGGCCUGCACUGUGAAAUAGAGGGGAGAGUGGUGGAGCAGCUGGAGGGGAGGAGGAGGAGGGAGGAGGAGAGAGCCAAGGAGAGACUGGAGAGGAAGGAGAAACAAAGGCAGAUGGGGAGGUCUCAGCUGGAGAGGCUCACUCCUCUGUCAGAGCUGAGGUUGGUGCUCCUUGGAGGCAAGAAAACAGGAAAAAGCUCCUGUGGUGACACCAUCCUGAGCGGAGAGAGCUUCCAAACUGAGAAGCAAACCACCUGUUUGGAAAAACAAGCCAAAAUCGGCAGCAAGAUACUGACAGUGCUAGACACACCUAGCUGCUUCCCUGUGACCUCUGACCUCCUGGUUCCAUCCUCCGCCAUCCUCCUGGUCGUCAACGUGAGCGCCUCUUUCAAAGACACCCACAUGGAGGCUUUGGAGAAACAGCUGGAGGCUGGAGGAGACCAGAUGUGGAGGAAAGCUGUGGUCCUGUUCAGCCAUGGAGACUGGCUGGGCGACACGAGCGUCGAGCAGCGCAUCGAGAGCGAGGGAGAAGGACUGCAGAGGCUGGUGGAGAGGUGCGGGAACAGGUAUCACGUCCUGGAUAAUAAACGCUGGAGGGAUGGAGCUCAGGUUAGAGAGCUUAUUGAGCUCAUAGAGGAGAUGCUGGCUGAAGAGAGGCUGGCUGCUUUUCACAGUGGCAACAACAACAUGUGGAAAAGUGUGUGUUCAUUAGAGGAGAGGCAGCCUGAGGUGGUGAGGCUGUGUGAGGAGGAUUCAGCUGGCUGCAGACAUCAGCAGGCUCGUGAAUUCACUCAAAUGUCCACAAGCAGUCCAGAUAUCAGCAGUGACAUCGUGGCACUACCAGCUGGAAGAUCAGCAAACCAGACACGACUCAACAUCCUUGACAGAGACAGCUUCAGGGUCUGUCUGGCCACGAUAAUCUCUGGUAAAAAGAGACUGAGGUGGUCUGUGAAUCUGCCCGUCUGGUCCCCUACAAAUGGGCUUCACCUUGGAUCGAACGGUGAAAGCCAAGUGUGCCUGUUUUCCUCCGGACGUCCAAGAUUGCUCCUGGCUCUGCCUCAAACUCAGCACAUGAUGCCUGCAGCAGAAAACGCCUUGAGUGUGAAGUCUCUCUGCCAUCCUGCGCUGAGAGAGCGGACUCUCAGGAGGAUCGCUGAGUCUGGAGGUCUGCAGGCACUCAUCGACCAGUGGGAUCACCACAGCAGCCUGGAGGAGCUGGAGGCCUUCAUUGAUGACUACUUUGAGACGGUCUGGGAGAAAACCAUGGAGUCGUGUCAGCUGACUGAACCUGAGCCUGAGCAGGAUGCUGCCUCAGUGGACACAGACAGUGGACAGGAGGAUGUCCUCUCAUCCAUCAACAGGAGGCUCUCAAAGCUGGAGGUCCUGGAGGAGAUCAGGACGGAUCUGGCUGAGCUGAGGAAGAAUCUGGAGCUCAGCAUGAAGGUCGUACAGGAGCUCAGAGGGAAAUGCAAAGACGAUGAGAGUAAAACUUUAGAUACAGGGAAACCAAAGAUGGACUGAAGUGUUCUCUCUUAUAAAGUCAGAAUAAUACAUUUCCUGAUUUGUAGGUAUCAGGAUGCUUGGAUCACAGGGUCUAAACUUUGCACUUUCUUAACUUUGGGCUCCCUUCAGGUUCCCACAUGAUGCUUUUAUUAUGUAAUUCUGAUGCUUUUGUUUAAAGUGUUUUUUGUUUGCAAUGAAGGGUUUUAUUCACCCAUUCACAAAAACAUAGCUGGUCCAAAGAUGACCUUCUUUGCUUGAAAGUAUGACAUGUCAGUUAUGAUAUACGUCCACAAGGGGGAGCUGUUGUCUAAGAUUUUAUGUGUCCAGAGUAACGUCAGUCAUGUGUUCUUUAUUAUGGAAUAUGGAUUAGGUAAUGAUAAGAAGUGACUGAGCACAUUAAGUUUCAUUUUCCAUCAUGCACAGUUUAUGUUUUAUGAAUUA